GGGCGCGCGGAGGGCGCGGGAGCAGUGGCGGAGGCCUCGGCGCGUCCUUCUGCCCCGCAGCCUGAGCCCGGGCGGCUGGAGGGCUUCGGCUGCCCGAGGAUGGGAAUUCUCUUCACCCGGAUCUGGAGGCUGUUCAAUCACCAGGAGCACAAAGUCAUCAUUGUUGGGCUGGAUAAUGCGGGGAAAACCACCAUCCUUUACCAGUUUUCCAUGAAUGAAGUUGUACAUACAUCCCCUACAAUAGGAAGUAAUGUGGAAGAGAUCGUGGUUAAUAACACCCGUUUCCUGAUGUGGGACAUUGGUGGUCAAGAGUCUCUUCGUUCUUCCUGGAACACUUACUAUACUAACACUGAGUUUGUAAUAGUUGUUGUGGACAGCACGGACAGAGAGAGGAUCUCUGUAACUAGAGAAGAGCUCUACAAAAUGCUGGCCCAUGAGGACCUAAGAAAAGCUGGAUUGCUGAUUUUUGCCAAUAAACAGGAUGUUAAAGAAUGCAUGACAGUAGCAGAGAUCUCGCAGUUUCUGAAGCUGACGUCUAUAAAGGACCACCAGUGGCACAUCCAAGCGUGCUGCGCUCUGACUGGCGAGGGAUUAUGCCAAGGUCUUGAGUGGAUGAUGUCACGGCUGAAGAUCAGAUGAUCUCUACUGAGCUUUUCUCACGGACUCUGCAUCCACAAAGUGCUGGACUUUACCUGAGAGCUGAAAAAACAAAAACGGUUCAGAUAUAUUUAUAAUAAACUGAUUUAAAAAAAUUUUCUAUAAGAAGAAAAAUUAUUUGAAAACAAGGAUGAAAUAUCACUACCCAGUUUGCUCUCAAUUCCUUCCAAAAUGCUUCAAAGCUGUGACUGAUUUUCUCAUGAUGGAUCCUCCCAGGAUAUGAGUAGCUGUGUCGAGUAACACGAGAGAGGAAGACGGUUGAAUUAUAGAGCUUUAUUGUCAGCGUGACUUACCCUCCCCACCCCAAGUUGAAUGUUCCCUUCUCAUUACAUUGAAUCAACUACAAAUCAGCACAGAUACUGUUUCCAGUUUUAAAAAACAUAUUAUGGAAAGUAUUUUGCUUAAAGUUGAAUAUGUAUUGUGUAUAUACCUCAAGUUCAGUUUAAUGGCUUUGAUUUGUGUUUUGAAGCAAAUAACACAACUAAUAACCUUAGUUAGUACCCCAGUGUCGUCUUGUAGUGAGCGCUCCGUUCUUUGUCCUGUCCUAACAAGCCAGCCCUGACCCACAAUUGUUGAGCUGCUUCUUUUUUUAAAAAAAAGGAAAAAAGGCAGGAAAAAGCUUGACAUUGUAUAGUAACUUUUGUUGUCAGUAACAGAGAUGGGAAAACUUAGCGCAAGUAAGUGGAGUGUCUGCUCAACUCUUGGCCAGGUUUGCGAGGGCAGAAUUGCGUGGUGAGCGAUUGCCAGACUUUCCCUUCUGUUGUUCCUUAUGCCAGCUCAGCCACUCGUCAGUCAGUCAGUCAGAAAUUGUGAUUAAAACUAUCAGAUAAUUUUUAAUUGGAAAUCAUGGUGUGAAAUAUAUCUACCCAGAGGUAACAUUCUAUAAAUAGAAUUAAGCGCAGCCUUUUUCGGUAUUAAAUAUACAACAAACCUCAAAUGAAUUUGAGAGUAAACAUAAGGCAGUUUUCAGUGAACAUUGAUAAUUUCUCAGUUGCAGAUUUGUUUCUGUAGGUUUUCUUACAUGUUCUUCCCCUGCAUAAAAUACCUUGCUUAAUAGUUUCGAAGUCCAAAUACUGAGUGCUUUCAAGAAUUUGAUUGAAAAUUUGGCAUGUUACAUUAUUUAUACUAGAAGUAAUUUGACCCAAAACUCCUUUUAUAUUUCCAAUUUUUUUAAUUUAUCCAAAAGUUGACGGUAUUUCUGUCAUAACUAUACACUAAAUUUUCAUGUGUUUUAACAUAUGUUGGUGACUCUAUAUUCCUUUUGUGGCCUAGGAAUUUGAAACUUAGUCAAGACUGUCAAAAUUUAGGCUGAAUAUUCAAAAAAAAUUUAACUGAUUUUAAGUCUCAGACUUAAAAAUUUCCUAAAGAUUUUGGUAAGAAAUAGGCAUCUACAUUGUACACAUUGGUGAAAAUUUGAAAAAUCAGUAAAGUGUUAAGACACUUAACGUCCAUCCCAUGGGGCUCAGGUGAGCAUUGACGGGUGCCGUGUGGAGGUCUGUUUCGGCUCUCGGCAUCUGCUGUCUGCGUACCUGCGCCUAGGAAGUCACAGCCUCCAGCCACCAGGCUCUGUGUGCCGAGUUCCGCUCACACAUUUUCAUACUUUCUCAAACUUACUUUCUAGUUUUGUCAAAGGGAAAUAGCAUCUAGUGUAGCCCCACCCACCCCUCCCAAGCCCGGACCUACAGCUUUUUAGCUUUCUAUGUUCUAAUUUGAAUGAUCAUGUGCAUAGUUGCCGGGUCGCUGUUGCAUCAAUUCGGCACAUACCAGCACAUACUGGCGUGGCCAGAUAUGGGCAAAAAUUUAUUCUUGAUCGGCUGUUUAAAGUGUUUACUCCAUUGUUAAUGUUGGUGUAGUAUAGUCAGCUAUUGACAUGUUAUAAAAAAGCAUAAAACUUUACCACUUACAAAAUAGGAGGUUUUGGUUUUUUUUUUUUUUUUAGCCUUUUUAAUCUAAGCAUCAAACAAUGUGAUGCCUGUGUACUUGUAUAUAACAGCAAAAUUAUGACUGAGUAAAAAGAUUUAAUAUAUAAAAAUAUCAAAGCGGUCAAACAGUAUUAGGCCUGAAUAUGGUGGAGCAGCCCUUGAUCUCAUGCUGGCAGUUUACACGUCGUGGGGCGGACCUCAGCAAGUCCUAGUUCCAGAUGGUAACGUGCGACUUCCGGGUGUGAGCAAACAUCUCAUUUAACCUCACUGUGCUCAGCUUUGAAAAGAACAAAGAUUUAUACCUCUGUACAUGUGGAUAGAUUUUAGUGUCCUGUUUUGAUACUAAUUUUAAAAGUUGUUUAACUUCUCUUGCUAUCUUGGUAAAAGUGGCCAUAAGAUAAAUCAUUUGAAUAUAUUUGAUUUUGUCAUAAAAUUUAUAAAAUGUGUGUUUCCCAUUAUAUUGAGAGUUUUAUUUUAAAAGCUCAGUUUCCCUUGUAUUUCUAGCACCCCUUGGCCAUCAUGGUAGACAGAAUACUGAGAAGGCAAGUGGGCGGGGCAGCGGGGAAUGAGUGUUCAUUUUCUUGUGACAUUUUGCCUUAAGAAUAAAAGGUGCAUUAGCGCUGAUUGGCAAACCUAGUCUUAGGUAAUGUGGCAUGUCAGAGAAGGAAUAAGAGUUGCUUUCCUGGCCUUGGAGAAGUGCCUCGUAGGUAGUCACAGAAGUCAGCUAAGUGCGGGGAGCUUGAGAAGAGGCAGGAGGUCCCUAAGGUGUCUUUUCCUUUUGUCUGAGUGUGUAGUAUUAAGUUGCCGAGAAGAGGGAUGGUGUUGGUCCUCUCUUCCAGGCACUUUAUAUUUCUUGCUGUAGCUACAGCAAUCACAUACAGUACAGACAACCUCAAAAUCUGUUUAUAUUAGUGUAAAUAGAAAAAUCAUAGACAGCUGUCUAGUUUUCUCUGCAGGCAUUUUUAGGAAUGCAUCUGUAGUCUGUUCUACUUUGUUAAUAGGGGGUAACAGCAAUCAGAUCGUAUGUGAACUUUGGGAUCUUCUAAUUGCCCUUGGUAUCCUGGUAUCGUCUCACUUUCAAGACAACGUAGAGAGGGUUUCUUUACGUCACAUUUGACUGCAUCUGUUCUCCAAACACUUGUUCAGGAGCAGCUUCCAUUCUCGGCUCAUCCUUGCUGUCUUGGUGCUUGCUCACCACCAGUGAAGGUGGCUCUUUUUCCUGUAACGGUAUUCUAAACUUUGCCCAUAACCAUUAUUCCCAGACCAGUAGGUUUUCAGUAACCACUUUUGUUCUGUCUGCCCUCCCGCCAGUGACUUGAUACACUACUCUGGACCUUUGCAUCAUCAGAGAUUCUAUCAGGAGGCCAGAUUCAGAUUAUGGUAUAUGGAUACUAACUAGUAGAGGAAUCAUAUGUUAUUCUAUAUUUAGUUCUACUUAAUAUUAACCUCUUAUACUGACAGCUAAAUUCAGAAAGAAAGGAAAAAUACAUAGUUUCUGAUCUUUGAUCUAUGUGAAUUAGGACUAAAGGCCAUUGUCACAUUCACAUUAUCCUCAGAUCAACAAGAAUGGUGAUGUUUUGGAGAACACCAGGUUCAGCCAGCAUAAGAUGGGAAAGGAUGACAAAAAUCAAACUGUAAUUAGGGUUGAGCCUGAAGACAGCCGAAAAAGAUGCCCUCCAUUCCAUUUUCUUCAUGUGUGCUUAAAUAGCAAAGAUCAGCAUUAAAUGUCUAGAGGAAUUUGUAAUUUGAGACCUAGUAUUACAAAGUAAACUUGCUGAAACAAGCUUUUAAAAGCAAAAUAAGCAAUAUGUGGUGGUGUAAGUCUGUAAUUCCAACAUUCUAGAACGAGACACAGAAUUGCUGGGAGUACAAGGUCAGCUUGGGCUAGUAUCAGCCACCAAGACUGCAUAGCAAGAGACUAUCAAGAAGGAAGGAAAAGAGCAAUCAGCCAUUCUGUGUUUCUGUAGAAUCAGAUGUAAUAGAAAGUAAAGAUGCAAGAUGCUACUUAAAAUAAAGCGUAUGUGCCACGUUCCUCAGAGCAGGUGCAGUCGAUGAAGACCCUGACGGAAGAGUAAGGGAAAGCAGAGAAGUGAAACUGGGAAGAAAUAUAACAGGAUACAGUUGGGCUAAUUAUGCAAUAUUUCAUCUUUUCAAUUCUCUAACUCUGUACUGUUCCUAAAAUGGAAGAGUGAGUCUCUUUGGUGUUGCCUGCUCAAUGUGUGGAUCUUUCUUUGGUAGAGAUUUCUCAUAGUGUGUACUUAAGAAGUGCCUGACCAUUGAUUUGUGUUGAUUUCUAAGUCCAUGUAAUAAAUGAUACAUGUUUUCUAUGGCA